AUGAGAGGGCAAGAUUAUGAUAAUGGGUCCAAUAUGAAAGGAAAACACCAAGGUGUGCAAAAGAGAUUUUUAGACAUAAAUCUGAGAGCCUUUUAUACUCCUUGUGGUUGUCAUAGUCUUAAUUUGGCACUGUGUGAUAUGGAUAACUCUUGUAUUAAAGCUAGAAAUUUUUUUGAAGUUGUUCAACGCAUUUAUACAAUUUUUGCCAAUUCUACUAAGAGAUGGCAAAUUUUGAAAGAUAAUGUAAAAGGGUUGACUCCAAAAUCAUUGUCAUUCACUCAUUGGGAGAGUCGUGUAGAAAGUGUCAAAGCUAUAAGAACUCAAAUGUUAGAAUUUACAGAAGCUUUGCUUGAAGUGUCAGAAAAUGAUCUUGAUCCUAAAAUACAAAAUGAAGUUAAAUCCUUAGCAACAAAUGGGUUUGGUGAUUUUGAGUUUUUGAUGGCUAUAAUUAUUUGGUUUGAAAUAUUAUCUGCAAUUAAUUAUGUUAGCAAACUUUUACAGGAAAAGGAUAUGCUUAUUGAUGUUGCUAUGCAAAAAAUUAAGGGGUUGAUUUCGUAUUUUGAGGGAUAUAGAGAAAUAGGUUUUUAUAAGGUAUUGAUUAACGCUAAGGAAAUUGCGGUGGAAUUGAAUAUUGCCCCAAUAUUUCCUCAAAGGCGUAUAAUUAAAAGAAAAAGGCAAUUUGAUGAGAAUUUGAAUAUCCCAUCAGUCGAGCUAUCAGAAGAAGAAUCAUUCAGGGUUAAUUAUUUUCUUUACCUUAUUGAUCAAGCUGUUGUUUCUCUUAAUAAGAGGUUUGAGCAAUACCAAGAGUAUGAAAGUAUUUUUGGUUUCUUGUUUACUUCUCACAAGUUACAAUCAUUAGAUGAUGCAACUUUGAAGUCUUGUUGUACUAACUUUGAGCAGGCAUUGAAACAUAAUGAGCAAUCUGAUAUUGAUGGGAAUGAAUUUUUUGCAGAGUUGAAGUUACUAAGAGAAAUGUUGCCUGAAGAAACCAUAAGACCUACUGAUAUAUUAUUAUUUUUAAAAGGCUUCGAUUGUUUUCCUAAUACAAUUAUUGCAUAUAGAAUCUUAUUGACUAUUCAUGUGACAGUUGCUUCUACAGAAAGAAAUUUUUCAAAAUUGAAGUUGUUAAAAACUUACUUGCGGUCUACCAUGUCACAAGAAAGGCUUAAUGGAUUGGCAUUAAUAGCUAUUGAAAAUGAUAUUUUGGAGAUAAUAAAAUAUGAAGACUUAGUUGACGAUUUUGCUUCAAAAAGUGUUCGUAGGAAGGCUCUUUUUAUGUAG